UUAUAUGUCGAACUGAACAAACAUCCAAUCAGCCAUUUAGGUUAAGUUUUUCAACAUGAAAAUAAUCAUUAGUGCGUAAUUUGCUUAAGCUAUCUUGAUUAUUAUUGUCAAAUGGAUUGUACGAAAAAUUACGAAAUGAAUUUCUUUAACUCAACAACAGUGCGCUUUACGUGGCUACUUAUCAAAACAGGUUAUUGUGAAAGUUGAGAUAAGUAAUAUAUAUUCUAUCAAAGAAGAUAAAUUUCAAUACAAGGGAAUUUACUACAAGUUCUGGAGGAAGGUCACCAAGCAUAACCAGUUUGUCUUUUCCGAAAUUUAUCAGGUGAAAUUCCACAUGUAUUUAAACAAAAACCGUUUUAACUAAAUACCUUUGAAACGAAAAGUUUGUUCAACAUAAAAUGACGUGGAGAAAAAUAACAACCGUACUUAAAUGUCCUCAACAAUUGGUGAGAAAUUUUAGUCUGCAUAAACUACCGGAAGAACAUUUGAUGCUUCAAAAAACAUGUAGAAAUUUCGUUGAAGCAGAAUUGAAACCUUUGGCAGCUCAGUUAGAUAAAGAACACAAAUUUCCUGCGGAACAGAUUAAGAAAAUGGGCGAACUUGGACUGCUAUCCAUAAAUGUUUCUGAAAAAUGGGGUGGUUCCGAACAAGAUACUUUGGCGAUGGCAGUUGCAGUUGAAGAAAUAGCUAGAGGUUGUGGUGGAACCGGAACAAUAACUUCUGUACACAAUUGUUUGUAUGUAAAUUUGAUUGAUAGAUGUGGUACCGAUGAACAGAAAGAAAAGUUUUUGAGGCCAUUUACUAAGGGAACUUUAGGAUGCUUCGCAUUAAGUGAACCAGAUGCUGGUAGUGAUGUAGGAUCAAUGGCUACUACUGCUGUGAAGGAUGGUAAUACAUAUGUUCUUAAUGGUACAAAAUCAUGGGUAACUAGUGGUACAGAGGGUAAGGCAGCUGUAGUAUUUGCAACUGUCGAUAAAAAAUUAAAGCACAGAGGCAUCACAGGAUUCCUUAUUCCAAUGCCAACGCCUGGAUUAUCGUUAGGCAAAAAAGAAGAUAAAUUGGGAAUCAGAGCUUCGUCCACUUGUAAUUUAAUUUUAGAAGAUGUUAGGGUUCCAAUAGAAAAUGUUCUUGGUAAUCCUGGUGAUGGUUUCAAAAUGGCUAUGAUGCAGCUAGAUAAGGCUAGAGUCGGUAUAGCAGCUCAAGCUCUGGGUAUUGCUCAAAGUGCCUUAGAGGUAGCUAUGGAAUAUUCUGGCCAGAGAAAAGCCUUUGGUCAACCAAUUUGUAAUUUACAAGCAGUGAAGUUACGUUUGGGAGAGAUGGCACUCAGAUUAGAAGCUGCAAGAUUAUUGGUUUGGAGGGCAGCUGUGUUAUGUGAUGAACCCCAGCGUUCAACCAAAGAAUCUUCGAUGGCUAAAGUCGCAGCUAGUGAAGCAGCUACUUUUGUUUCACACAGUGCUAUACAAAUAUUAGGUGGUAUGGGCUAUGUUACAGAUAUGCCGGCUGAAAGACACUACCGUGAUGCACGUAUAACUGAAAUAUAUGCAGGUGUGAAUGAUGUACAGAGGCAAUUGAUUGCUGAUGCUAUUUUGAAGGAUAUUCAAUAACAGAAGAAAUAAAUUAUACAACCAUA